UCAUGAUAGCAUAGCUAACCUCGUAGCGCAAAACCACUUCAGUCCCUGCUUCUAAAACUUCCUAAUGUCUCGGCUCUUGCAGUGUCCGUGUGGGUGGCUGCGAUAAAUAUGAUUAAGUGCUCCACUCAAGAUGGCGUAGUGAUGCAUGUAGUACAAAGUCACUUGCAUUUCCUCUUUCUAAAAUUCCCUGAUUUCUCAGCUGUUGCACUGUUCGUGUGGGUGGCUGCAAGAAAUACGAUUAAGUGCUCCACUCAUGAUGGCAUAGCGACACUUGUAGUGUAAAGCCACUUGCAUUCCCUGUUUCUAAAACUCCCUAAUGUCUCAGCUCUUGCACUGUUCAUGUGGGUGAUUGCAAGAAAUAUUGUAACUACUCCACGAUGGCAUAGUUAGAAAGUUCAUAGUAUAAGAUUUCACGUGUUUUGUCUCUACAGCGGCUGAGCACGGCGGUGAUAGUGGUGGUGGCAAGUAGUCUUCUGUGCAUCAUCUUCAACGCAUGGUCCUCAAGCACGCCAUGGUCGCACCAAAGGGGUAGAUAGCUGUAGCGCAGGCUAAUGACGAGGUCUAAUCACAGAACAUUGUUUUCUUGUUUUUUUUCUUGUAAGGAAAUCACCGAGACGCAAUCUGUAACGGUUGGGUACACGAAGUAUCGGUGGUACCGAACGAGACUACUCACUGUGAAGCAAAAGCGUCGUGGUGCUUUCAUCGUACCUGUUGCUGGUGUCACGACUGAUGGCCACUUCCUGCUUGCCAAACUGCUCUACGCGCAAGGUUUCUACGAGGAAGCCAUUACCCACCUGGACAGCGGCGGCAUUGACCGUCUCGAGGAGAAAUCUCUCUCAAACCGCAUUCUCAAAAUUCUCGCCGAGUCAUUUGCCAUCAAAGGCCUGUGCCUUGAGAAGGUGCCCCUCAAAACGACGAGCAAGACCAAGGCUGCCAACAGGGAGGACCAGAUCGUUGCCUACUUCGUGCAGGCCAGCGACCUGGCCCUGAAGUACCUCCAGGAGGUGGAGAAGUCGCAAGGCACAAUUGGGGGUGUAGUUGCCACGGGAGCGGCCGGCGGUACUGUGGCUGCAGCGGCUGCCUCGUCAUCGCCGCUGCCGCCCAACACGGAGUACCGCAUUGGAACCGUCCUCGAGAGCGUGUUGCAGAGGGCGCCACUUCUUAUGAUCAAGGGCGGAAAGCUGCGGCAAGCCAUUGACCAGUACCGAAACGUUCUGCGUGCGGAAGAGACAAGUUCCACGCAAUCGCUUCGUCAGACGAUGUCCCGGCAGCUGGCCGAGGUGCUUCUGCGCGGUGUCUGCGAGACCAACUACAUCGACUACGAACCUCGCAUCGAAAUUAAGAAGCAGGGAAAGCACUGGCGGCCCAACAAAUAUUCGGGGCAGUCGUUAUUCAUGCCCAAGACGGAAUACGAGGAAAUUCUCCUAUUGCUGUUCAUCAGCGAAGCUAUGGCAGUCCGCAAUGCAGUCCUAGACCGGUCCCCCGAGUUCCAGGAUGCCCGCGUUCAUUCGUACAACAAUGUUGUCGCCGUGUACGACUUACUCGUGUUUGUCCUCGGCCGGAUGGGCCAAUUCCAGAUCCUGUGUGAGUCGUUCGAGCGAGCCAUGAAGUUCUCGUUCGAGGAGUACCACGUCUGGAUGCAGUUCUCCCUCUCCUUGCUCUCGUACGGGAAGCACCUCAGGGCUACCCUAAUGCUCAAGGAGUGCGCGCGGCUUCAGCCACACAACAGCUUCCCCUGCCUCCUGGCUGCUAAGGUAUGCCUGGAGAACCUCGGGAACGUUGAGCAAGGCGUGGAAUUCGCGGAAGAGGCGCUCAACCGCGAGAAGCGGAACCCGCAGAGCCUUCUGGCGCAAUGCCACCUGGUGCUCGGCGUGGGAUUCGCGCUGAUGGCGGAGCAGCGGAGGCCUCAAAGCAAACGGGCGGAGUUCAAGGCAUCUGCAUUCCAGUGUUUUCUCAGGGCGCAGAGCGCGGACCCGUACCACCACCUUCCCGAAUACCACCUAGCCCUGCAUUACGCGGAAGUUCGGCAGCUGAACAAGGCCGUGUCGCACGCAAAGCGGGCGCUCGAGCUCAACCCCGAGCAUGUUCACACGCUGCACCUUCUGGCGCUUCUGCUGUCCGCGCAGAAGCAGCACGGCGAGGCGUUGCAGCUCAUUAACGCCACCCUCGAGGAGUACCCAAACUAUCUCAACCUAAUGUACACCAAGGCACACCUCGAGGACUACUGCCUCGGGCCAGAAGAGGCCUUGCUGACGAGCAAGCAGAUGCUGUUGCAGUGGAAGACGUUCUACGAGUCCGAGCUUAAGAGCGACUACGCCCAGACCGGUCUGCAAAGAGUGACCAGCUGCAACCGUGGCUCAUUCCACGUGCGAUCGGGUGACUUCUCAGACCGAGAGUCGGGCCAGUCGAUCGCCGCAGCUGCGCGUGUGGAGCAGGCACUGUCCGAGGCACUGCAGACGGGUGCGGGACCCAUGAUGCACCCGCCGACCCAGACGGGUGGGGGUGCCGCAAGCGGCGGGUCGAUGGCGAUCCUUCGCGAGAAGCGCGGCUCCCAGACCCUCUGGCUACUGCAGCUGCAGGUGUGGCUCCUGAUAGCUGAGCUGUACCUCAAGAUGGAGCAGCUUUCUGAAGCCGAGGCCUGCAUCCUUGAGGCGUCCAACAUCUACCCACUGUCGCACCAGCUUAUGGUCAUGAAGGGCUUGCUGCACGAGAUGCGGAAGGAGUACUACGACGCGAAGACGUGCUUUCAGAACGCAGUCUCCAUCAAUCCGCUGCACGUCACUGCCCUUCAGCACCUGGGCCUGGUCUACCACUACCUGGGCAGCAGUCAACUGGCCGAGAAGACGCUGAGAGAUGCGGUGGCCAUUGACCCCAUGUGCCACCAAUCCUGGUUCAACAUGGGCAAGGUGCUUCAGGAGACAGGUGACUUCGACUCCGCCACCGACUGCCUCAACACGGCCAUUCAGCUCGAGAUGACAACACCGAUAUUGCCGUUCUCGACUGUUCCCCGUACGCUCGAGUGACGGUGGCAAACUUGUGGUGCGCGUUACGAUACUCUGCGAUCUCACACCUUUCUAGUUAACUGAGAGCGCUAGCAAGCUUGUACAAAAUUGUAAAGUGGGAAAAUUGCGUUGUAAGCGAAUAACUUGAAGAUUUAUUUGCGUCGGUGACGCCAUUACCAGCAGCAAUAAAUGUGCGUUACAUGCGGGGCGUGUGACGUAGGCUGCGAUAUCGCGUACGGUUAGGUUAGGUGAGCAUCCAUCUCAAACUUUAGAUGUGUUUCGUUAUGUUUCGAAAGUUUUAGCCCGAAUGUUGUACCAAAAAAAAAAAUAAAAUAAACGUCUGUUGGUAGAA